GUGACUGAAGUGUAUCGGGGGUUUUUCAACACCACAUGCCAGUAGGUGGCAGUAUGUGGAAAUAUAGGUUGUAUGCCAGACUGUUUGCGGAAAGGCUGCAUCGUUUCCACGAGACAAGCAGGUCUAGACUGAAAUGUAGCUAAAGAAAGCAGGAGAAUCUUAUUUGGUAGUGUCUGGUGACCAGUGGUGAGCCUUCAGAAUAGCCAUGAUGUCUUUCAGGAUAGCCUGCAGGCUUGGCAAACUGUCAGUGAUGCCCACAAGGAGCUGUAGUCGACACCUCUGCAGCGAUGCCAGCAAGGCCUGGCUGGAUCAGAGGCAGACACACAGAGGGGAGGAGAGGUCUGAAGAUCCAGAUCUGGACGAUGUAGACGACAAGGUCCAGGCUGUGUUCAGUGAAGAGAGGAGGAGACAGAGGACGGUGAAGUACCAUAUAGUUAAGAGACAGCUGACUGAGCCUGGAGCUCCAGAGAGGAUGUUGAGCUGGGACGCCAUGGAACAGAUCAGGUAUCUGAAGCAGGAGCUACCAGAGGAAUGGACCGUUGACCGUCUGGCAGAGGGAUUCUCUGUCCAUCGUGACGUCAUCCUACGAGUCCUGAGGAGCAAGUUCGCCCCCACCCCAGAGAGGAAAGCUAAACAGGACACCAGCGUGUGGGCCAGGCUGAGACAGCAGGCCUUACCUGGAGCAGGGGGACAGGACAGGCAGGUGGCCCUACCUGGGGGUGGAGCAGGGGGACAGGGUGGGCAGGUGGCCCUACCUGGAAGGAGACAGGGCAGGCAGAAAGCCCUACCUGGGGGUGGAGCAGGGGGACAGGAUAGGCAGGUGGCCCUACCUGGUGGUGGAGGGGCAGGGGGGCUGGGCAGAACACAGCUGCCUGCCUCUGGACAUAGAAGUAGCAAACCAGCCAUGCUGCCCACAGGAAGUGGCACUGGUGCCCUGGUCACCCUGGCUAGCCCCAGUAGCCAGAGGCUGAUAGCCAGGGACUUGGAGGAUGACCCUGGCCCAAGAGCCAUGAUGACUACUGCUAAUUAUCCUGCUGCUCCUCUCACCUCACUACCCACCCAGCUCUCAUCCCCACCAACGCUGCACAGCAGACACACCUCAGGGCAAGAUAACUCGAGAGAGGAGUGGGAGGAAGAGGAAAAUGUUCCAGAGGACAAUGUGUCGGAGAAGGUUGAGGAGAAAGACGACCAGGAGGAGAGAUGGGAUGGAAGGGUGUUUUCAGAGGAAGAACUGGAGGAACUAAUGCUGUCGUCAAAGCCUUCGCCAGUGGUACCGAAUGGGAGAGAGUUCUUUGACAGUGAAGGGAACUUCCUGUACAGAAUCUGAGAUAGCAAAAUGGCACCCUAUUCCCUACAUAGUGCACUACUUUUGACCAGGGCUAAUGGCACCCUAUUCCCUAUAUUAGUGCACUACUUUAGACCAGGACCCGAUGGGUGCCAUUUUAGAAGUGGCCUGAGAUGUUGUUAAUGUGUUGGUUUCCUAAAUACAGUCAAAUGCAAUAGACUUCUGUUGGAAGAUGCCGGAGACUCUGAUUAUGCCGCAAACCAAUAAAGCACCAUUUCAAAUGUA